AAUGAUUAAUGUACAAACCUGCUUCAACACAAAUUUUAUGUUCUUCGCCUACUGUUCCAACAAGAAGACAUCUGUAAGAAAUAAAAAAAUACGUGCCAAAACGAAAAUCGUGACGCUCGAAGAUCAUAACUGUGCACCCUCCAAACCAGCCUCUAGCACAGCAAACAACCGCCGAAAAAAACCCGGAACGUCCUGAUCAACUGUCAAGCGUUGGAAGAUUUUUCGGUUGUUUAUCUGACGAGAAUUUCACGGCCCAGUACGCUGAUCCUCCCAGAAUUUGGGGCAAUCCAACCGGAGCAACAGCAAAAAAAAGGGCUGGCAAGACGAAUUGUUUUGCGGCUGUCCACUGUUUUCUGUUUCACAAACUCACAAUCGCUGAAGGUGCGUGUAUGCGCGAUCAGCUUAAGAUCACAUUUUUCAUGCUCGUUUGAAGCCUCCAGAACCUGCCUGUCUGGAACGUAAUGCAAACAGUGCCGUGCGUUGUUUUUUGUUUUGUGUGUCUUAAAAAGGGGAGAAAUUCCACGUCUCUAAAAAACUUGCAGACGUGCCCAGCGAAUUGGCGAAAGAAGAUCUUCAAGUAAAAAAUAACCCACAACUACGCAAUUUUGGUGGGAGGUGAGAAAAGUCGUGCGCGAUCGUGAACCGCAAUUUGCAAACAAUUUUCAUCAGGUUCUUCUUUUUGUUUUGAAAUUGAAAUUUACCCCUCUGGGCACUGGCGCACCACCGUCAGCCCGAUCAAUCUUGGCUUUUUUAAGGUACCUGAAGUAAAAUUGUCCCGACGACGACGUCGUAUGAUGGACGGCGUAUAUUUUUUGUUUUGUUCUGUUCCGUGGCGGCUAACAAUUACCGUGGAAGGAUUCUGUCGCAUCGCGAUUGUACGUUUUCUUAAAUUUAUUUUUUUGAUUCUGCAAAACACUCAGUUUUAGCUCGUUCUUCCACUUUCGGUGUACGCUGAUUAGGGGAAGCUGUUAACCAAAGAUACCGGUUUUUUGUGUGUAAUAAUUGGAAGACGCAUCACCUUCUCGUCAUAUGAAAGAAAGAAAAAAACCCAAAAGGGUGCCAACAUGUAUCGGUGCAGUGUGCAGUUUUUGGUACUUUCUCCUGUGACCAUUUUCGACGCUUCGAUGCCCUAAGGGUGGAAGAGCAAAAAUGCAUUAACGGUUCCUUUGGAAUGGGUACCGAAGAAAUGCUAAAGCAAUCAACGAAAGUACACGAGUGAUGGAUGAAGCAUGUAAAGCUGAUCUUUAAAACUGGCCGUAAGCUAAAUGUUGCUCCGUUUGCAAUAAAUGCUUAAAGCUUAAGGUGCGGAAUACUUCACACCUUCGAGUGGCGAAAACAUGUGCUUGAGUUUAAAAUGGGAAUAAACAGAAGUGUUUCAGUACGUGUCCCUGAGUGGUUCGUCAGGACUAAAGGAAUGUUUUAAAUUAUUCUAUUAUAAUUAGUAGUGUUUGAAAAGCGUCUUAUAGCGUACAUGUACUUCAUCAAACACUUGAACUCAAGAAGCAUAUUAAGUGGUAAAUGACAUUACUUUACUAUUUUUAUUUCAACUAUCUAUUUUUUUGUAUUAAUAUAAAUAUAUAAAACAUAAAUUACAAAAAGCAGUCAAACAAAGAAAAAAGUCAUAUUUAGGUCACUGCAUAAAGAGAAAAAACAAGAAAAUAAAUACAAACACUUGAAACAAACAACAUGAAUAACUAAUGAGUAGGAUACACACGUGAAAACCUGAAGCAUUAUCUAUCGCAUCGUUGCAAGCCUUGAUAGCAUAGUCAAGAAAUAAAACACGAGAAAGGUCAAUCGAAGGCCUAAAUCAUACCUUGUACAAGUCAACUCGUUACAACGCCAAAUCCCCCCUGGGACACAAAAUGACAACCCCAUAUUACACGAUGUGUCCCAUAUUUACAUGGCAUUGUCGUGCAGGGGUGCAUAUUUCCUAUUUUGAAUAUUUUAAAGCCACACAACCGAUACAUGACAUCGAUACCGGGAGUGCUAAUUGCACGACUCACCGCGUAAUAAAACCACCGCAAGCGAAUACCCGGCCAUAGCUUCCCGUGCAAGAAUGGCGCCAACGUCGAUUCCAAUACGGCUAUACUCAGACCGGGCGGCAAAGUUUGCAUCGAAGCAAGGCCGACCGAUCACUACGCGCAAGCUAAAACAAGCAAGCAACAUCGGAUUGAACUGCUUUCGAGACUACUGUGCGAAUAGUUCCAUCCAUGGAUUUAAGUACUUUGUGGGUGCGAAUCGAACGAAAGUGGAAAAGUAUGCUCGUAUGUGAUAUUUGUUUUGCCAAAAAGCACUUUAACAUUAUUCUUUUGUCUCCUAGAAUAUGGUGGGUUGCGAUGUGCAUCCUCUCGAUAUACGGGUGUGGUAGUCUCAUACAAACCGUGUACGAUAAAUGGAGACGUGAUCCGGUGGUGGUUACCUUCGCGGAGAAACCAACCCCUAUCUACGAUAUUCCUUUCCCGGCCGUUACCAUCUGUUCGAUCACGAAAGUGAAAUCCAAUGUGCUCAACUUUACCGCCGUUUAUCAGCGUGUUGUACAUGGUGGAGGAAACAUUACAGAGCAGGAGUACGAUCGGUUUCUAGCCAUGAUACAAGUGUGUGACUUCUCGUUCAACAAAUAUCUAGCCAACCAAAGCUUCGACGAUAACCUUGUGCACAUGCUGCAGGAUAUAGCCAUCCCGUUUGAGGAGCUGUUCUUGAUGUGCGUGUGGAGAAACAAGUAUGUCAGCUGUAGAGAUCUUUUCGAACCAACAAUAACAGAGCGUGGUAUAUGCUACACCUUCAACGGACUUUCUGGAGAGGACAUUUUACGUGCGGAAGAAUAUCACCAAGAUUUUGAACAUUUGGGCGAAAAACGAUCGUCCGAGAACUGGUCAAUGGAGCAAGGAUACCGACCAAAUCUAGGGUUAGAUGUAUACCCGAGAAGAGUGAUUAGUGCGGGAUCCAAUGCGGGUCUAGCUGUGUUCUUGAAAUCAGACAUUGAAGAUAUGGAUUAUCUUUGUGGGGUAACCCCAGGUUUUUUUUACAUCUCAUUGCAGAAUUCGUUUCAGGGCUUUCAGAUACAAAUACACACUCCCCACCAAUGUCCUCAGAUUUCGACCCAAAACAUACGCGUUCCGAUGGACCAUGCGCUUACCGUUCGCAUCGAACCAUUUCUGAUAACCACCUCGGAAAACGUGAUGUCCUACAGCCCUCAGAAACGGCUCUGCUACUACACAAACGAACGGUAUCUGCGCUUCUUUCGGAUCUACACCAAGCGCAACUGUGAGUUGGAGUGUUUGGCUAACUUUACGCUACAUAUGUGUGGUUGCAUCCAGUACUCGAUGCCACGGGCGGGUGGCGUACACAUAUGCGGCAUAGAGAAGCUGGAGUGUUGUGACAAUGCUGAAGCAAUUCUACAGGAGCAAGGGCUAGGUUUGGUGGACAAUUCGUCUCGUUUACUGCUGCGAUCGUGCAAUUGCUUGCCGGGUUGUAUAUUUCUUGAGUACAAUACAGAGAUCUCGCAGGCACACUUCGACUGGCGAAAGCUAACUAACACGAUCCAUCUGUAUGAGCAGGAGUUGAACCACUCACAAUUAUCUUCAAUGACGAUCUACUACAAGGAGACACAAUUUAUCUCCAUCAAACGCAAUCAAUUGUUCGGACUGAAUGACUUUAUAGCCAACUGUGGUGGCAUCCUUGGUCUGUUCAUGGGUGUCAGUCUACUCAGUAUUGUAGAGAUCUUGUACUACUUUACAAUGAAGCCACUGAUCGACCACUGUUUGAAAAGGACGGCAAAGGAGAAUAACAUAGCUACGGUGCAGCCGUAUAUACCAGGACAUGUUUAUAGUACAACAUUCAACAAGUUCCUGCGAGAUAUGGCUUAGUCUGAUGAUGUGCUUGAAAAAAAAACAAUUUGCUUUCUCUUUUAAAUUCAAUAAAACGAACUGCUUAAAGGUUCAGUAAUAUUUGAUUCUUUUGCCUCUA